AUAUUUAAUAUCUCUAUUUUAUUAUUCAAUUAAAGAUGACAAGUAAUCGUCGUUGGAUGUAUAACCGACGAGGUCCUCGUGGAGAUUGUGGUGAUGAAUUCUUUAAUGGAUUGGAUCAAUUUUGUGAUUUUGUAUACAGUCGUCCAGGUGUGAACCCGAAUGCUAAUAUCCGUUGCCCUUGUAGUAAAUGUAGGAAUUUACCCCACCACAACAAGGUUACCGUAAGGGAACAUCUUGUGGAUAAUGAGGAACAUGUUAACGCUGAGGAUGAUUUUCGUCACAUGGUUUAUGAUGCAUUUUGUCCAUCUGAGAACUAUCGCCCAAUAAAUGAAACUGAGUUUCCAAGUGAAACUGUUGGGGAUGAGCCAAAUAGACAUGCACAAACUUUUUAUGACUUGCUGCGUGCUUCAAGCAUCCCAGUUGGACCAUCAUCUAAUAAUCAAACACUGCUUGGUUGGUUAGCGUAUAUGUUGCACACCAAAUCCAAAAACAACAUAACUGGUGUUGGGUUCAAUGAGAUCAUUCAUGGCUGUAGGCAAUUGUUAAGUCCUGAAUACCAACAAAAAGUACCAUCAAUUUUUUAUGAAGCAAAAAAAUUCAUGAAAGGGCUAGGUUUAGGCUAUGUUAAAAUUGAUGCAUGCGUCAACAAUUGCUUUUUGUAUUACGGGACGGAUGGCAAGUCACUUACUGCUUGUCCAGUUUGUGGUGAACCUAGGUAUGAAACACGCAACCCAGCUCAAACUAGAAAAAAAGAUAAGGCAAGGAAAUCUUUGUGGUAUUUGCCUAUAAUUCCAUGCCUACAGAGGUUGUAUAUGUCCCGUAAAACUGCUGAGCAUAUGACAUGGCACCUUAAAUGUCGUGCUGACUCAGAGGUCCUCAUUCAUCCUGCUCAGUCUGCUGCUUGGAAGCACUUUGAUGAAGUUCAUCCUUCUUUGGCAUGUGAUCCACGAAAUAUCCGUCUUGGUCUUGCGAUAGAUGGGUUCAACCCGUGGAGUCAUUCUUCGACAUCAUAUUCUUGUUGGCCUAUUUUCAUCGUCGUUUAUAAUCUUCUUCCUGAGAUGUGCAUGCAACCUGAAUUCACAUUCCUCACACUUGUUAUUGCUGGACCAAAAAGCCCUGCAAAAACAUUGAUCUUUCGUAAAGAAAACUUCAUAAUGCGAGCCAUGCUUAUGUGGACCAUAACGAAUUUCCCCAGCUAUGGUAUGGUUUCUGGUUGGAGCACCCAUGGUCGUUUGGCGUGUCCGUAUUGCAUGGAAAUGACUCGAGCAUUUUACUUGAAACAUGGUCGCAAAAUAUCCUUCUUUGAUUGUCAUCGACAAUUUCUUCCUGCAUCACACCCAUACAGAUUGAAUGCAACUGAAUUCCUUAAGGGCCAUUUAGAAUUUGGCCCUCCUCCUCCACGAUUAGAUGUGAACCAAACUAUUCCUGGCUUUGGUGAAACCCACAAUUGGGUCAAACGGAGUAUCUUCUGGGAACUCCCAUAUUGGGAGGAUAAUCUGAUCAAACACAAUCUUGAUGUCAUGCACUGUGAGAAAAAUUUCUUUGACAACAUCAUUCACACAGUCAUGGAUUACCCGUCCUCAAAAGACACUGCUAAGUCAAGAAUGGACUUACCACUAUAUUGUGUUAGGGCACAACUACACAUGUACUAUGACCGUUCUGGCACACUUUGCAAACCAAAUGUGAGUUAUGCACUUGACACACAACAAAAAAAAUGUCUAUGUACAUGGCUAAAACAAGUGCGAUUUCCAGAUGGUUUUGCAUCCAACAUCUCUCGAUGUGUGAACUUAAAUGAGCUCCGCUUAAGUGGGUUGAAGAGUCAUGACUGCCAUGUAUUCAUACAACGCCUCAUUCCAAUUGCUUUCCACGGCUUUUUGCCGGAUUCUAUAUGGGGUCCAUUAACGAAAGUAAGUAAUUUCUUCCGUGCACUAUGUGCCCCUACUGUCAACAUAAACGAUAUGGCGAUUUGGGAAACGAAGAUAGUUGAAACAAUUUGGACAGUGAAUGUGUACACAGGAUAUUAUGUCAAUGGUUUUAGAUUUAUGAUACAAGAAAUCAGUAGCAGAAGACAAACGUAUAAUUGUGGUGUAUGUGUCAAAGGAGCAACGAUAUCUGAUGAGGCUGAGACUGAUUAUUAUGGCAUCCUGAAUGAAGUCAUUGAGCUACUGGGAACACGUGUGAACCAAGUUUAUGACCUUGUUGAGGUCAAUCCAAAGUAUAAACUAUCGACCGGUGAGCCAUUUUGCUUGGCAUGUCAAGCAACUCAAGUGUAUUAUACUAAUUACCCAUCAAAUAAUCAAACAACUCGUGGAUGGUUCGUCGCAUGCAAAAUACGUGCUAGACAUUUGGUUGACACUUCUUCGACUACAUUUGAAAUGGAUGAAACAUUCCAAGAUGAAGAGCCACCAUCCACACAAUCGAAUGAGAAUAGCAUUGAUGUUGUAUCGAUAGAACCCAUGGAGUUGCAUGCAGGCGGAGCAACAGUGGUUCAAAGAAAUGAAAAUGGGGAUGAUGAUGUAGAUCAAACUGCGAAUGAAGGAGAUGAAGGAUAUGAGACAUUAGGGGAUGUUGAUAGCGAUAAUAGCAAUACAUAAUAAUAGUUUACACACUUAGUAUAUGCUCUUUGGUAUGUUGAUUUUUUCAACUUGAUAUUUUUAUGAAACAUGUAUGCUUAGAGUACUGACUAUUACCCUUUUUUUUUUUUUGUUCAUUGCCAUUAUUUAUGAUACUGUAACUACAUAAAAAAAAUUCAUAAAU